GCAAGGCGGAGGACGCAGCAGCAGUUGCCUCUCGUUUUUGCGUGGACUUUGUCGUCAUGCUGGUGUGUCGUGUACAUUGCGUGGACUGCCCCUCCCCCUUGGCCGGCCCCUCAGCGUGAUUUGAGCGGACUGACUUUGACGCCAAAUGUGCAAAGACGCGCACCCGAGCACGGUGCACUAAUACGGGCGUUGCGUUCAAAAUCCUCCAUAGUCAUCGUCUUCUUCACAGUCUUUCCCGAGAGAAGCGCCUGCUGGACUAUGAUUCUCGCCUCUUGAGGAAUUCCAAUCUUUUCAAACUUCCUUGAACCACUUGACAACCUCCUCCAUGGGUUCCCGCAGCCAAAGCUUCUUCCACCAUCACCACCAUCGCAGCUCUGUGGUGCCAGGGGCGGUGCCCAGGCUGCUGUCGGACAACGGGAGCCUCCUGGGGGGCAUCGCUCAGAUCACCCCCAACCUGUUCCUGAGCAGGGGCAACGUGGCGUCCAACCGCAGCCUGCUGCUGUCCAAAGGCAUCACGUGCGUGGUCAACGCCACCAUCGAGCUGCCCAACUUCAACUGGCCGCACAUGGAGUACGUGAAGGUGCCGCUGGCCGACAUGCCGCACUCGCCCAUCUCCUUGUACUUCGACAGCGUGGCUGACAAGAUCCACAGCGUGGGCCGCAAGCGCGGCGCCGUGCUGGUGCACUGCGCGGCGGGUGUCAGCCGCUCUGCCUCGCUGUGCCUCGCCUACCUCAUGAAGUACCACCGCGUGUCUCUGGCCGAUGCCUACGCCUGGGUCAAAGCCCGCCGGCCCGUCAUCAGGCCCAACGGCGGCUUCUGGCGCCAGCUCAUCGAGUACGAGAGGAAGCUGUUCGGCAGGAACUCUGUGAAGAUGGUGCAGACGCCCUAUGGGGUCGUACCGGAUGUUUACGAGAGGGACCGCAGGAGUCUGGCUCCGUACUGGGGCCUGUGAGCCACCGCUGGACUCGAAAGCCCAUGGAGUUUUUAAAAGAACUCUGGUUCGCUUUGAACAGGAGAAAGUCUAGUCUUUGAGUAAAAAGACCACCGGGAACACAAUGCAGUCAAACCCCGGUGCUGACUAUCACCUGGUGUUAGCUGUGCUUGGCUCCUUUUGCUGUCAUGUCACGUGGUGGUUUUGUGCCAGUCUUACAGAGCAGCAUGCUCAAGUCUAUGGUAGCAUUUUUGAGAGCAGUGUACAAAGACAAAUGUAUGAAAAGAGUUUAUGAACAUCGCAAUGUGCUAGUAAGCCACCUAUACGCCAAGCAGUACAGUUUCUACAGUUAAAACGUCUUAAGGCUGCCAAAUGAUUUAGACCUCAUUUUGGGUACCAACCAGAGUGGUGCGGUACCUGAGGUAGUGGGCAGAGCUAGGCAUGAUUGACAGAUAAUGUUCACUGCAAGGUGUCGAAUGGAAGGGAACAGGAAGAACAAUUAAAUAAAGUCAAUUACAGAUAGCAUUUAAAUGUAUAUUAAAAUAAUCUUUGUUCCAAACGUAAACUAGCUCUGGUAUUGUUUCAACACAAAUUUAAAACAUUUAGAAACGGGUAGAAAUGUAACAAUUAAUCAAUUACAAAAAAGCUUCAAUUUAUAUUCUGUUACUUGAUUAAUCGCUUUAAUGAGUGUAACUAAUAAAUAAAUCCGGAACGUGUGGAGUGCCGGGAACUAAAUAAGCGGCAGUGCAACAGAGCACACAUGAGAGCGGUGUGGGUGCCAUGUGUGGUGGCGAACAGAGUUUUUAUAAUGUUAAAACAUGUUAAAAGUGUGUUUUAAUGUUCAUGUGUGAAUUUAUUAGAAAAAAUAAUGAAGGUUGUUGCAAGCAGUUUAUUUAAACUAGUUUCCCCAAAAUACGCAUUGAGGCUAUAAAGUGUGUUUUAUCUGAU